GGUCUCCAUCCCCCCCACCCAUUCACAGGGGGCAGUGGGAGGGGUGCUGGGGCGACCUUGCCUUGAACCUACUGGGGCUGGUACUCGGGGUGCUCAGGUCCCUCCCAGCCCGAUGGGCAGCGCACCCCCCCCACACACACACACACGCACCAUGGGGCCCAAGAAGGCACCUGUGGGGAAGGGUAAGAGGCGUGCGGCGACGCGCAAGGGGCCCCCAGCUCAACCAGACUCCUCUUCCGAGGACGAGCGGGACAUAGAGCUGGGGGGCUAUCAAGGCCCUGAUUGCCCACCUGGAAGCCAUAGCUGGCAAGUGGGAGGCCUUGUGGAGGGAUGGCGGGGGUCCAUCUGGGGUUGGGGCCCACAGGGAGCGCAGCCGCUCCCCACCUCCAUACCCGCGCAAAAUGACUAGGGGCGCAAAGCGGACUAAACUCAUGCAGGGUUUUACCGACCGUUUAGAGGUGCUUGAGGCAGCCAUGGUGGCUCCGGCUAGCAGCAAGACACCGGAGAGACCCAGCGCUGGCAUCGCGGCUAGUGGUGAGACACCGGAGGGUUCCAGCGGGAGCAGUGCAGCGGCCGCCGGAUCCGCAGUGGUUGACGCCUCCGGGGAGCAGGCGGGACAAGGUGGGACGAAGCCUCCCGGAAGGAGGGCCAAGAUCCUUGUCCUGGGCCACUCUUUUAUAUUCUGGGCCCUCAAGUGGGCACAAGGCACAGAUCCGGGAACGCAGCUGGGCCUGGGGCACUGGGCCACCAUUGAGUGGCGCGAGCGAAGGGGAAUGCGGAGAGCGCAGCUGCUGCCGAUGCUGCGGGAGUACCUGGAGCAGAACCCUGCACCAGACAUCCUGCUCUUCCAUUUUGGCAGGAACGACCUAGUUAGUCAGUCAGGUAUUUCCCUGGCCCGGCAGACCGAACAGGACCUGGCCGUGGUUUUGUCCUGGUGCCCUGGGGCGGUCGUCCUCUGGUCUGACAUCACACAGCGCAGGGUCUGGCGGGGGGCGCUCAAACAGAACAAGGUGGACAGGGCAAGACGGGGGGGUCAAUGCGGCGAUAGCCCGCUUUCUGGCAGCCAAUGGCGGCGGAUGUAUACCACACGACGACAUCGUCUACUCGCAGCCCGCCCUCUACCGGGGCAACGGUGUCCACUUGUCCACCAUGGGCAUGAGGUUCUUUUUAGACGACCUCAGGCUGGGAUUGGCAACAGCGAUUUUAGGUUUGUGGGGUGCGGGUCGUUAAGAUGGACUAACGCCCGCUGUGGCAGGUACAGUGUGGUGAGGAAAUGCUAAUUAAGAGGGUGUGGCACCUUAGGUAAGAUGUAGAUCAAGGAGGAUGAGCUGAUCCCUUGAGGCUUGACAGAUCAGGGAUGACACUUGACUCCUGCCCCUCCUCAGGCAACACCCCAUCCGUAUGGCUAUGCAGCAUUGGUGGGGUUGUCGCUGGGAGGUCAGAAACCUGACCUUAGGUCAGCAGAGAAGGGCGUCUCUGCUGGAGAGCGGGUGAGCUGCCUGGAGCCAAGGUGCUAUCGCCAUGGUCGGUUAGGUGGGGGCAGCCACAGCGUGGCCGGCCUAUUAGGCACCGCACUGUU